UGCCAAGUAAACAUAACCUAUACAAUGACCUAAGAAUCUCAAAAUUAAUUCUAAAAAUUCCAAUAUAAAAUGCAUAAAAAAAACAUUAUGAGCCAGAACAACACGGUUCUAAGUUACAAGGAGAGUUUACUACGUGAGUCAGAUGUCGAUUUACUAAAGGGCCCCUAUUGGCUGAACGACACGAUAAUAUCGUUUUAUUUUGAAUAUUUGGAGACUGAAAGGUUUAAGAACAAGAAAAUGCUGUUGUUUGUGCCUCCAGAAGUUACACAAUGCAUUAAAAUUGCUCCUGAACAAGAAAUACAUGUGUUUUUAGACCCUUUGCUUGCAGAAGCCAAUCGAAAGUUCAUGUUUUUUGCUUUGAAUGAUCAUGAGCUUACUGAAUCAUCUGGAGGGUCACACUGGAGUUUACUAGUGUUUUCCCGCCCAGAAGGCUGUUUUUUUCACUUUGACUCCUCAAACGGAACAAAUCACCAACAAGCCUAUGAAUUAUCACAAAAACUGAUAUUUUACUUUAAAAUGCACACCCAUCAAUAUGAAGAUUCCAUGUGUUUACAGCAAAACAAUGGGUACGAUUGUGGUAUUCACGUUUUAUGCAACACAGAGAAUUUAUCGCAUUUUGCCUUGCAUUACAAUAAAAUUGAUGGUUGCCCUUUAAUAGAAGCAAAAGUAGUUGGUCACAAACGCUUAGAAAUAUUGGAUAUAAUUGAAAAUUUGCAGAAACACAACAGCUUUAGUAACUAUCUCAGUUUAAGAAAACUUUAAAAGAAAGACUUUACACAUUAAAAUUGGUUUAAUAAAAUGUUUAUAUUAUUAUUUUCUUAUUAUUUACCUUAUAUCCCUUCCUUGUAACACUCUGUAUAACCAGCAUUGUAAAAAUACAUUACCAUACAGUCCACAAUAUUUUUUACAAUCAUUUUUAUUACAAGUUGAUUGUUGACAUUUAUUUAUUAGGUUAAGUUACGCAUAGUUGCCGCAAUAUUUUUUUUUAUUUAAUGAAAAUAAUUAUUUGUAUUUAAUUUGAUAUUAUAUUUAAAUUUAAUUUUUUUUGGAUUAAGAUUAUAGUUUAUUAAUU